AUGAAGGUUAUUAUUAAAACAAGAAAAGAAAUAUUAAAUACUGUUGGGUAUUAAAUUUGGUUUAAUGGAGACAGUUUAUAAACUUUGAAGGAAGUUUAAUUAUAAAAUUUUAAUGAAGAUUAGCAAAGGUAAUAUUUGUAUUAAUAUGUUGAAUUAAGUGUGAAAAAAAAUAAAAGCAAUUUAUAAGUUUGUUAAAUAAAUUUCAGGAUAAAAAUUGAUUUAGUAGAAUUUUUAGAUAUUUAUACUUUAAUAUCCUAAUAGAUUAAAAAUUUUAUUUCAAAAUCUGAAAAUUAAGGGUAAGAUGGAAUUUUUCAAAAUAAAUAAGAAGAAAUAAUAAUUGGAAAAAUUAAAACUCAUACAGUUUUAUAAAUAUUAACAGAAGAAUAAGCAACUGGAUUAAAAAAGGAAUUAUUGGGUUUAUGGAGUGCUAAUAAAUUUCUAUAAUCAAUUGAGAGUGUGAAAAUAGAAGAUUUAUUAAAAAUUCCAUUUAUGUUAGAAAUUGAUGUGUAAGUGUUGCCGAAUAUGACCUCGAAAUAUUCAGGAUCAACAGCUAUAAAAAAGACUUUAUGAUAAAUCUGUUAAAAUUAAGUAACAAUUUAGACUUUCAUAAAAAGCAAGAAAAAAUAUAAAAAAAUAAAUUUUGCUUUUCUAAAAUCAAUAAUAAAGAAUUAUAAUAAAUCUUGAUGAAGAAUAAAUACCUGAAGAAGAACAAGAUGAAGAAUAUUAAUCAAAAAUUGAUAGAGCAAAAAUAGAUGAAAUUAUUGAUAGUCUUGAUAAUUAAAAUUUUUUUUAGAACUAUUCAAUUGUUUGUAGAUUAAAACAAAAUAGAGACUCUAUUAAUUUUGAUGGUUACACAAUAAGAUUAAAUCCUCAUGAUAUUUAUAUUGUAUUAAUGACUUUAAAGAUGAAAAAAUUCACAGUUUUCGAAUUUUAUGAAAGUUAUAUUAAUUUUUAGCAUAAAUAACAAAUUCAAAAAUAACGAGAACAUGGUAAAAUAUCAAAUUAUGAAAGUUUUAUAUUUGAUGUAAAUCAAUUUUCUUGUUCUUUAGCAAUAGAUAUGACACUAAAAGAUUUAUCAUAAAUAGGCUAUAAACCACAAGGAAAAUUAGAUUUAAAAAGUAAUUAAAAAAUUUAAUAAGUUAUUGAUGAUUGGUUGAAACAAUAUUUUGAUGUUGAAGAUGGAUAUAAGAAAUUAAUUAGAAGUUGUAUCUUAUUAAAUUGUAAGGGAAGUGCAUUUGCAUUCACACAUAAAUCAAUUUAAGAAUUUUAUGUUGCAAAAUAUAUUUUUGAUUUAUUAAUUUCUUUGAAUAACAUUUAUUAAAUUAUAGAAUGUAAUAAAAAUUUAGAAAAACCUUAAUAAAAGCUUUAGAAUAAUAUUAAUAAAAUACAGAAUAUAACAAUGAUAAUUUAGAAUAAAAUAAAGAUAUUUUGUUAAAAUCACUAUUUAAUUAAGAAAAUUUUAAUAUUAGUACAGAUAACUAUUGA